UGAAUGAUUGGAAUCAUAACGAUUUCUCAAUUUCAUUCUCUUCUCUGUCUCAAUGCCCAAAUCGGGUUGUGUUAUUGGAGAAAUCGGAGCUUCGACUCAUGCAUUAUAAGAGCUUUAUCUUGCACAAUUUCGAAAUCAGCGUCCUCGUUUUCGAAUUCGCUGAAUCGUUGAACGGUUUUGUGAUUAAGGAGGAGUGGGAAUUGGAUUGUUGAACGGUUUUUGUGAUUAAGGAGGAGGAGGAUCGGAGAUGGCGGCGGGUGCAAUGGUGACGGCAACAGGAGCAGUUGUGAUUCUAUACUUACUGAGCCGUCGGAUCGUGUGGGCGAGAAACGGGGAAGAUGAUCCAGGAGGUGAAUUGGGUAAAUCAGGUAGAUCCGGAAGGAGGAGGAUUGUUAGGAGACCGGCUCAAGCGCCGGCGACUUGGCUUGAGACUAUUUCAACUUUAUCAGAGACGUUACGUUUUACGUAUUCAGAGACUCUGGGCAAAUGGCCUAUCGCUGAUCUCGCUUUUGGUAUUAACUAUUUGAUGCGUAGACAGGGAAACUUCUCAACUGCUAGUGUUUAUGCUGGAAGUAAUUGUAUAGAGUUAAAAGGACCACAUAUUAUCAUGGAGUUGACAGAGCUACUGAGAUUUUUGACCCUCUGUAUGCUUUUCUCCAAGAAGCCAUUUCCCGUGUUUCUGGAGACUGCCGGUUAUACUCAUGAAGAUGUCCUUCUUCAGAAGCCUAAAGCAGGGAUUAUGCAGCCUGCCUUCACGAUUAUACGAGAUUGCAAAUCAAAAUGUAUCCUGCUAUUGAUCCGUGGCACUCAUAGCAUUAAAGAUACAUUGACAGCAGCAACUGGUGCAGUGGUCCCUUUCCAUCAUUCAGUUUUGCAUGAUGGUGGGCUAAGUAACUUAGUUUUAGGUUAUGCACAUUGUGGAAUGGUUGCUGCAGCUCGAUGGAUUGCUAAACUUAGUGUUCCUUGCCUCCUCAAGGCCCUUGAUGAGAAUCCUAGUUUCAAGGUUCAGGUAAAUGCUCUGUAUUUAGCCAUACAUUAUUGA